CUAGACAAAAGUCUGGGAUAUUGUUAAUUUGCUCGGGCUCGCGAUGUUCGACCAAAUGCCGUCGAAAACGUUUCCAAUGUUUUCCUUGCAUAUCUAUUAGUUUGUUAGUCCUAAAGCUUAGAUAAGAAAAGCAAACAGCAUCGAGAAGUGAAACUUUCCUGAGAAAAAUGGCGAUGUGUUCAUUCACAAUGUAGGAAAUAUUUUGCUUUAGGGCUCUGCUACGAUCAGCUCUUGUUUCGUCAAAUCCUAUGGAAACUGUGAACAAUGCUGAGAAAUUCAUGUCCACUAAAGACUAUCACACAGCUGCGGCGCUUUUUACAGUAGCUCUUCGUCACUCAGAAGUUUUCUCUUCUCCUGAAUUAGGAACUGCUAUUUUAUGCAAAAGAGCUGAAUGCUUACUUCAUCUGAAUUACGUUCAGCAUGUUUUGCGGGAUUGUAUUUCUGUCAGAGAAAUCAUUGGAGGAGAAAACGAGCAUAUAACCUUUCUAGGGUCACACGCACUAGAAUCACAGGGUGAAGUAGUGAAAGCUUUUGUAAAUUCAAUCAUCUACAAGUUCCUGGAUCCCGAGAUGAAAAGAGACAAGAAUAUUGUGGAAAGGUUAAGGGAGAAAGUAAAAUCGUUGUGUGGACAGGGAUAUCACCAAGUUAGUAGAACAAUCGAUAUACUAAUGCAACAGGGAGAGCUGAAGCUCGCAGAUUCUCUGACAGAAAUAGCUGUGAGCUUCUUUACAGAAGUCUUGACUCUAUUUCCAGCGGUCGUGGGGGCCUAUGAAUUACGGGCCCAGUGCUACUUCAAACUGGGAGAUUUCUUGCAAGCCAAACGCGACUGUAACCGAGCUCUUGAGUUGACCAAUCGCACAAGUACCGUUGCGUUCAACAUAAAAGUCAAGAUAAAAAUUCAGUUUAAGGAAUUUGAAGAUGCUUUGAGACUAGUAAAUGAAUGGCAAACAAUGGAUCCCAAGAAUGCUGGGCUGGCUGUGAUCAAAUGGGACAUCAGGGAUAAGAUGGCAGAUAAGCAAUUUCAUGACAGACCAGAGUUAAUGACCAGAUGUCAGUCACUUUCCGAUGUAUCGUUACCUGCCCAUCAAUCAAGCGACAUCGUAGAAAUACCACCUAUGAAAAAUGUAAAGCCCGUGCAGGGUAAAGCUGCUGCUCAGAUGAAAGAUGAGGAACCCCGAACAUCUUACGAUUCGCCUGGGGCGCUAAGAGGAGAAGACUUCCAUCCAACAGCUGCGCCUGAGAAACGUUCUGCUUUCCCAGAGCGAAAAAAGAGACGAAGAAUAAGAAAUAAAACAAGAAGUUUAAGGGCUGCAAGAGAAGUUGACGAUUCUGAUGCUAGCAGCGUUUGUAGCAUCAAUACCUGUCCUGGUGAUCUGGGUUCGAUGGCCCAGUGUCGCCCCCAAAUGCCCACAUUUGACGAAAGUGAUCAAGGCUUUGUCAGUGAUGUACCGAAAUCUUCAGCGUCUCAACCAUCGAGAGCGAAAGGGAAGUCACCAAGUAAGGAAAUCAGUGGAAUACGACCCAGACCACCAGGUGGUUAUACCGCGUACCGCCUCUGCAGGUACUCUGAUAAACCAGAACUCUGUUGGCAAGGCAAGCUUUGUACCUACGCACACAGUGAAGCUGAAAGAAAGGCCUGGGAAGAAGACUUCAAAAAAAGUAGAAGGAGACCGACUCUAAACAGGAAAAAUAGCCGAAAGAAUAGAGGCAAUGGAACCACUUCUACUCCAGCAAAAGAUUUGCGUAAAGCUGUUAGGAGUGAAGAAAUAACUACAAAGACAAUCCAAACAGAUGAGCUUCCAGCUGCUGUUUCUAACAAGGUUCCUAUAGACUCCCAAGAGAGUGCUGCGACCUCUGACGACUGGAUUGUAGUUUCAAGGGCGACGAAAAAAUCCUCAAAACGACCCAAGGAUAAAAUUCGUCCAGCACCAUUGAAUGUUUAUGGUGCCUACCACCUCUGCCGCAUAUAUCUUACACAGAAAAGGUGCCCUAUAGGUGACGAGUGCUGUUUUGCACAUAGCGAGACCGAAAGAGUAGCAUGGGAGGAGGAAAGAAAGAAACGAUUUCAUAAACCAACUUUGUCCAAAACCAAGCCCCAAACUGCAAGGAGAAACAGAAGCAAAGCUAGUGUUGGCUCUGCACUUAAAGAAUGGAGAAAAGAGUUUAGAGGACAAUGUCGAGCUCCCUUACGAAUUCCUAACAAAGGCAAAGAGUACAAAAUGUGCCCCGAGUGGAGGAAAGGCACCUGCAAGCUUGAUAGGAAAUGCUUGCUUGCACAUGGUGAAAAAGAACUGGCAGCAUGGAAUGAACAUUUGAAAAAAAUGGAAGCAAGAAUGAAAAAGAAAAAGGAGGAGGAAACGGAAAAGGGAGAGGAAAAAGGUGAAGAAUCAACGACCAGUUCAGUGAUAGAUGAUGAUAAGCGUCCAGCCCCUACUUACAAGUUUGAGGACUUAGUACCAAGCCUUCCAGGAGUGACGGUAUUGUUUGAUCCCCACGAUCUCGAUGUCACGCUACAGGUACCUCUGAACAGCAAAGAAGAGACCAAAUACAGCUGGACUCUGCGUUUCCACUAUGAGUCUAACGUCAGUGGCCAUCUGCGGGACAUAGUGCUCCUACCAAAUUACCAUAAAUUCUAUACGCUGUCGAGCGUGAAGUUUAGCUGUAAAGCGCAAAGUACGAAAGGAAUGCAGAUGACUGUGGAAACAUGGAGCACUGAGGAGAUUCCUGAACAGUUCCACCACCCAGUUAAAUCGAAUCUCCGAGAACAUCAAGGGGUUUGUGACGUAGAAAUCGCCGUGUCAUUUUCUUCCUCUAUUUUUGGAAACUUUGCGCAAUUCCUGGUCCUUGACUUCGGUAAAGAGACGCAUCUUGCUGUGAAAAUAUCCGUGGAAGUUGGAAGCCAGGAGUUUUUGGAAGAAUAUAGCGAAGCGAAGUCAAAAUUAAAGCCAGAUUGGCGAGUAUUGGAUGAUGGGUCUCGGGAAAUUGUGAAGUUUGAACCUAAACGCUCAUUAGUGUUCAACAACGAGCAUUUAAUAGACAAGUAUGGGUUACCAAGUCAUGCGAAUAUUGUUCCAUGUCCCCUUCUUGAUGGAUCACAAGGCUUGAGUAAAGACAAUUACAUAGACGUCAUGCAUCAACUGUUAUUCGUUGAGGAGUUUUACAUUCGCAAACGAGUUGCAAGUUACAACGUUCAAAGUACAAAUCUACACGCCUCAAAGUUUGUCGUAAAGAGAGAUGAAGUGCUAUCAGCCCAAGAAGGAUGGCUGUAUGGCUCCUUUCAUGUUACGCGCCCGAUAACACUAGAUGAUGCAGAUGGGCGACUGUUGUUGAGGAAUCUUUUCGCAACCUCUGGAUCAGUGCUCAUAUCACAAAGUCAUUGCCCAAAUUCUACAGUUUACGAAGCUUUGGUAGAGUCUGUGGAGGAAAGCCGUGUCAUAUUAAAGCUUUCUGCACGAUGCUGUGGAGACCUUGGACUGAACGAUAACAGUCAAAUAACAGUGGACAUUCAGUUUCAAAUCAACAGGCUUCCGUUGUGCGAGAUGCACGAUGCCAUAGACAGACUGGGACCGGAGCAUAUACGGAUAUUGUUUCCGGCCUUUAGCAGGGUCGGUCAAGAGGAGGAUAUUCGUCCUCUUCCUUGGAUUAUUGAUCCAAAGUUAAAUGAAGAUCAAAAGAAAAUUAUCAGGAGAAUUGCAGCUCCAUCUUCAGACGCCCCUCCCCUCGUGGUGUUUGGUCCAUUUGGUACAGGGAAGACAUUUACCUUGAAUCAAGCCGUGCGACGAAUCUCCGUGAACCGUAACAAUCGUGUUCUCAUCUGCACUCACUCAAACAGCGCUGCAGACAUACACGUACAACUGCUAGAUAAAUAUCUUAAAGAACAGAAUGGCAUAUCUGCUUCCAGACCUUUGCGGAUUUAUACACCAUUGCGUAAACUCUCAACAGUGUCCACUAUAGUAAAGGAGUAUUGCCUGAUCUCAGAUAAAGGCGAACCAACAGAGGCCUUUAGACUUCCAGCUCGUGAUGAUGUGCUAUCUCAUCGAGUCAUAGUGACAACACUGGGGAUGUCACGAGCUCUUUUCGAUAUGGAGCUCCAUAGAGGCUUCUUCUCGCACAUAUUAAUUGAUGAGGCAGCUCAGGCGUUGGAAACCGAAACUCUAACUCCUAUAACGCUCGCAGGGAACGAUACCAAAGUGGUUUUCACUGGAGAUCACAUGCAGAUGAGCCCUGAUGUAUUUUCUCCUGAUGCAAAGAAAUGGGGAUUUCGAACUUCACUACAAGAACGACUAUUUUACGAAUACAAGCAACGUCAUGCAGAGAAAACGUUGGAUUCAAAUGUAAUUUUCUUAACAGAAAAUUAUAGGUCGAAUGAACAGGUGUUACAAUUGGCGUCCGACAUGUUUUACGGUGGUAAGCUUUCUACCGGAAGCAACCAGCCUCUGCACCCUUCAUUAGGACCAUUCAUGUUCUAUUGUGCUCUCGGCAAAGAAGAGUUGGAUGAAAGCCAUUUCUCAUAUCGCAAUAUGGCUGAGGUAAAUGAAGUAGUAAGGCGGGUUCGAGAACUUGCUGAUAGCUGGCCUAAGGAAUGGGGAGCAAAAGAUCUUAAACAAGUUGCAGUGGUGUCUUCGUAUCACUACCAGGUGAAGACAAUUCGAGAUGGACUGAGAAAAAAUGGUCUCGGACAGGUUGAUGUGGAAACUAUAGAAAAUGUUCAAGGAAAACAAUUCCGCGCACUCUUUGUCAGCACAGUUCGAACGUUUCACACUUUCAAAGAGCUUGAUGAUUGCGAAGCCAGUGGAGAUGAGAGGCCUUACCUGUAUUUCUUGUCAGAUCCAAAGCUUCUUAACACAGCUCUUACACGUGCUCAAUCCCUCGUCGCAGUAGUUGGUGAUCCAUUUUCACUGAGAACCAUUGGUGACUGCCAAGCCCUAUGGGAGGAUUAUAUAGAGAGAUGCAGUGACAUGGGGAGAGUGUUUGGUCUCGAACACAACGAUCUUGAAGAAAGCAUUUCACAGAGUAGUCUUAACAUCAAUGCUGCGGUGUUUGUGCCAAGUGGAUCUACAGAUACUCGAAAUUCGGCUCCAGCUGAGAAUAAUAAAAGCGAGCGUAAGCCUUAUGAUGUUAGAAAAACAUCCUACAGGACGUCCUCCUCUGCGCCAUCUCAGAGUCCACUGGAUGAAAACAGAGGAACCGAAAUGACUUUUUCAGUUGAGAGUAAGCGUCUGGAAACUGGCCAGAGCAAGAGCAUAGCAACUGAUCACUCCAAGUCAGAGGAUAGCGAGCCUGAACAGACAUCUGAAUCGGACGAUGCAGGAGACGAAAUGACUGAAAGUGACGAUGUCGGUAAUGCUGAUGACUUUGCUGAAUAUGUAAAUGUGGAUGAAACUGUUCCCCCAAAGCACAUGGAUGAGAUAAUUCUCGCCUUGAAAGCUAAAUGUGAAGAGAACGCUGUAAAAAAGAAAUCAGGAGAUAAGCCAAAGGGCGAAGAGAUUGAUUUGGAGAAAGAUGCUGCUGAAAGAGGUACCCAAUGCUUUCCCAAACAUUUUGAUUGCAAUACAGCAGGAGACAGAGUUGUUCACGAAGACUACAACAUAAGAAACGAGGUUGGUGGUAUAACAAAUGUCUUUCUUGAGAACAUGACGUUCUAGUACAGUGAGCGUAC